UCCCGUAGUCCGGGCGCAUGCGUGCACUGCAAAUCUCUCAAGGUCAGAUGCCAGUUCUCUCCGGGGGAGACGCGAUGCAAUAGGUGCAUCGCCGGAAACCAUGAAUGUGUUAGUCGCACUCGGAAGAAGCGUAAAGCAGCGCCAACACAUGAUGAUCUCCGCGCCAGGGCGCGACAGCAGGAUUUGCAGAUUCAAUCACUGUUGGCGAAGUUUGAUGAAUUACAUACUGAUGCCAAAGUAAACAAAUGGGCUGAACAGUCCAGGGAGCUCGAGAAGCGCAGAGGCGGAGAGAUUGCUGACCGCGCCCGCGUUUACAGCACGCCCCGCAGCAGUACUUAUCUGCCACCGCUACUAUUCGUCUCACAUAGGGCCUCUAGACGUCGACCUCUCUCGUCUGAUUCUUUUCAGCCUUUCUUUUCACUUUUGGACGGCGAACUACACUGCCCACAAAGGUUGAUAUGGAGGAGCCCCCUGUUGUUCACAGUAAUAUGUGCUUGCGCUGCACGUCAUUACAAUCGCCAAGGGCUAUGGGCCCUCGCGAUGGACAUAGCACGCGAUGCAGCAGCGGAAGCCUUGAUCAUGGAACCAGUGAAUGUCGAAACAGUCCAAUCGCUGCUCAUUCUAGCCGUUUAUCCUGUGCCCAAAAAGAAUUGGCUAGAGGAUAGGAGCUGGCUAUUCAUGGGCGCUGCUAUCCGAAUGGCUCAGGAAAUUGGACUCGACAAACCUCAGGAUAGCACCGACAUACGAGAAAACCUCAAUCGCACCCGUACGUGGAUUAACGCCUGCUGCGUUGACGGCUCGCAUGCGACACAGUUUGGUAAGAUGCCGAUGAUCAAGUACGACGACUAUGUUGUCAGAACAAGUGCUCGCACAUGGUACAUGUCGCUUGACGGCUCACCUUACGAUAUCGGACUUUGCGCGUAUGCCGAAUUGCUUCUGGCCAUGCUGAAGUUUCGCCGUACCGUCGGCCCCAUGGACACCCUACCUGGUAGAUUCCGCGAAGGUUUUGAUGUUGGCGCGCAUUGCAUACAAUUCGAUAAGGAAUUUACAGAAUUGGUCGAGUUCUGGAAUGAUAGACUCGCUGCUGACCCGAAUGUGAAGAUCUGCAAGUAUAUGAUUGCGUCCUACCUCCGCCUGGUCAUUCUAUCGGUCGGUUUUCAAUAUCGUCUCAAGCAAGGGUUAUCACGCGAGGAUUACAUCUUGAACCAGGCAUCCGCUCAACAUGUCAUCCAGAUUGUACUGGAUUCGUUGUAUCCAUCGGGGCUGCUAAGCUGGGCUAUGGAAGCCAACUUCUUAUAUAUGGCAUUCUGUGCAGGUUUCCUGCUCAAUCUUUUUCGUCCUAGGCUCUUGCCUCUCCUCGACGCUUCACAGUGUCGAGACAUCGUCAAGUUAGUCAAACGGCUCAUUGUGAUCCUUGGUUCGAAUGUUGUUGCUCUGGACGGACGACACUCGCCCGCGCUCUAUUCCAAGUUUCUCAGAAACCUAUUUGAAAAAUACUACACCCCGGCGUUGCGAGAACAGAUCGACGCUGUGGAGUCUCCGCCGCAGCACUCAGGCGACGAAGAUCAAUACUACCCUGAGACGCACUCAUGGCCCGACGUACCAUCGCACGAGCCGGCCUCUGGCCCGCAUCCAGAUAGCCAAUUCGGCGGGCGGGGGUCGCCAGUCGUGCAGGAACAAGCCGGAGACAACGAAAUGGACUUCAGCCUUUCGCACUUUGUAUCGAGCGCUCUUCCACUCGCCAAUACGACGGAGCCGGGACCCAUCUGGGAAAUGCACACUGGGUUCGCAUCUCCCGCAGGCAUGUACGCCCAAUACUCUGCGGACGUGAUGCAGCAGUGGCAGUAUCCAUUUAAUCACACAGCUAUGUUAGACAUGGCAUCCACGUAG